UAUUCGAUGUAGUUUUGUGUGUUCUUUGACCAGUGUUUUAUACAUCUUAUAUAUUUGUCCAUUAUAUUUGAAUUUUAAAUAUAAAUAUAUAGUAUAAUUUUGUGUCUCGUUCACGAUUUACUCUAUAUUAAUUAAUUAUUAUCAUAAGACGUGCCGCGGGCGGUGUUAAAAUUUUUCAUUAAUUAGACGUGAAAAAAACCGGAGCCCUUCAGAGCAAAUAAAAAAAUAAUUUUCGUAUUUUCUAAAUCCCAAAUCGUUAAAAUUAAUUCAAAAUAGCACUAUAUUGGUUGUUGUGCGCGGUCUUGUUUGCGGGUUUCCUUCUUUCGGUGGUUUUUCUGAGCAGAUCCGCAAUGGUUAGGGUCAGAAGCCAGAGAAAGGCCCAUGUGGCUUCCGCCACUUACAACAACGACCAGCACAUACUGAAUAAUAACAACGUGGCGGUCAUUUUUUCGAGUUUCAAGAGACGGCAGCAGAAGCCCAGGGUGAAACAUGUGUCUUGGAGAGACGAACAACUCCAAAACAUGAGCAUGGGCGACAUUGAUCCUGCUAUACUGGUGGUUCGCGAGAAAGAGAUCAAGCCCAGGAUCCAAUACAGCAGGGAGAAGCUGUUGGAGAUCGGAGAGAAUCCAGCUUCCAAGGAAAAACCGGCUUUCCUAAACCCGGCGGGAGUAUCGUCGUCCAUUCUAGACCCCGAAAAAUGGAAUUUGGAGAGAAAAAAAUCUGACACUCCCGAAACUAGUACCAAGAGUAGCGAUAAUGGAGACCAAGCCAGAAGACGUCCUGGGGAUCCCCGAGAGAGAAUUCGCAAAGAGAGUGACGGAAUUGUCUUGAGUCCCCAACGAAGAAGUUUCAACUCGGGCUGUUUUGUACCGGCCAAUAAGGAGCCUGUGCGCCCCGCAAGGCCCCACAGCCCCCUUGGAGGUAAACCGGAACCCUCGCACAUUAUGGGUGUUAGAGAGAUUCAGUCAAAUACUAGACGCAUCGGUAGCGGCCGUAUAAUGCGCGACUCGUGGGGAGAGAUGGCAGAUAAAGAUGGCGGUGACAACGAAUACAGCUUCGGACGAGGACAGUCAAGGGCUAACGACAGAGAAGAUAAGUUUGGCGAGAGAAGAUCCUUCGGCAGAGACAUGGAGAGCAACAGAGACAGAGAUAAAGAGCCUAGAAGGAAUGGAAGAUACAGCGAGAGACGCAAGUAUUCCGAAAAUAAAGAGGACGAACCAGAAUGGUUUUCAUCUGGGCCAAUUUCUCAAAACGACACCAUCGAGCUGCGCGGUUUCGACGAGUCGGAAAAAAUCAAAAAGAAAAGUGCCACAAGUCGCGUGAAACGUGCCAAAGAAUGGGCUAAGAAAAAGGGUGAAGCUCAGCCUAUCAACGAAGAAAAAGAUGAGGGUGGUUCUAAACAAGGAUCUGCACGAAGUCAACAGGAUACUAAAGCGUCGAACAGUGCAGAUGAACGUACCGCCGAUAAGAAGCCGACGGAUGGCGAGAAACAGAAAAAAGAAUCUGAAGAGAAGUCCCAAGAGCCUUCUGAAGCAUCUAAGACUGAGAGUACAUUCAAUUUUGAAGAGUUCCUGAAGUGUGAAAAUAUUCCGGGCUUGUUGACGAAUGGCGUUACGGAUGGCAAUAAAGCGACAUCUAGGUUUAGUCGUUGGUUCAAAAAGGAGAGCCCCACAAGAGAUUUGGCCGAGUCCAGGAGGUCUUCUAUUCAAGAAGAUAAUCAUAUUAUCAAGGAUUUACUAAAAGAUAUCAACGACUCUAGUUCGGUGCCUAUCGCCGUGCAUCCACCCAACGAUUCCAACGCGUAUUUCGCUCCAAUUUCUCCAGCCGGCAACACAAGCAACCCUCUAGGGGGCUUUUCGGGCCCCAAAUCGUCUCAAUCUUCCAUGGGUCAACCGAUCAACAUCAUGGACAUGCUGUCCAGAGGUAAACAGUCUGCUAAUGAUGGAUGGAAGGCACCUCCUCCACCAAUUGGAGGAAAGAUACUCAGUUUGGACGAACUAGAGGCGAAGAUUAGACCUAACGUUGAUCGCGGAAAAGGUCAAAAUCAAAAGCCAGACGAGGAGAUGACAGUUGCUUUCAAGAAAUUGCUGCAGCAAGCUAGUAACCAACCAGUAUCCCAAAAUGGCCCCAUGCACAAGCCUCAAGCUAUGAGUCUCCUUGAGAUGCUGAACCACUCUCAGCAGCAGGACGAAGCCCGCUUCGCCGCGGCUCAGGCGGCCGUCACUCAGCAACAGCACCAGCUGCUCAGCGCCUUGCACGGUCCUCCACAGGGCGCCUUCAACGACCUGUCGAUGAAGCUGCAACAGGCCCAGCUUCAGAAACAGCAAAUGGACCUGCUGAUGCAGCAGAGCCGCGAGCUGCUGAACCGGCCCGAGGCGCAGGCCAUCUUGCAAGGACUAAAACGGGGCGAAAUUACCGCCCAACACCUCUGCCAGCAGCUGGCUAAUCCGGCCCUGCAGCAUCGCCAUCGCGAGAUGCUGGCCGCCAUCUUGAAAUUGCAGGGUUACGGGCCCAGCCCUAGGGUGCUGAGUCCCGCGCCCCUCCCCCAUCACGUCUACCAGCCGCAGCAGCAGCAACAGCCCGCGCAGCAACCGCAGCAGCAACUGCGCGUGUCUCCGCUGCCACCUGGCGCCAUGCACCAAAGGAUACCGUCGCCUCGCGAACUGCAAGUGCACACCCAGAACAUCCUGCAGAGGGCGCUGAUUAAGAAGAAGCUGGAAGAGCAGACCGAGAAUUUUAGGAAGAAGCAGGAGAUGCAACGCGGGACCAGUCCCAAUCCUGUUGCCGGGGGUCCACAGAGUGGCGGAUCGAAGGGCGUGUCUUCUCCGACUCCGCUAGCGUUUACGCCUACUUCAGUAUUGCGUAAGAUGACUGCCGAUAAGGACGAAGGAAAAGAGAAUAAAAUCAUAGGUGAUAACGGUCUGAAGCCACAGGGCAGACCAUUGACAGGCAUGAGACCACAACCACAAGUUCCUGUAAAUAAUCAGUGGAAUGCUGCCGCCUAUCCUAUGAAACAAGCUGGACGUCCAAUCAUCAAAGCGAGUAAUACUUUCCAGUCUCAGACUCCCGAGCAUCUCUUUGCGCAGAUCCAGCAGCAGCAACAGCAGCCUCAGACGCCACAGCGCAUCUACCAGACCGUCCCGAAUCAGCAACAGCGCAAGCCCAUUGUCGGCCAACAAUAUUCGUCACAAGGUUCUGUAAGUUCUCAAUAUGGUUCGGCGCCGAAUCAAUAUUCCCGUCCUAACCCCCAGUCGUUUGCGCAGCCGCAAGCGCAGCUGACCGCGCAGCAGUUGCGCGCUCAACACCAGCACCGACCCAGCAACACUCAACCCCAGAAGCCAGCUCAAACUCUGAACAGCCAGCAGCAGCCCGCUAACGCGUCUUGGCAACAGUUCCUCAAUUCGGCCGCUCAACAACAAGGAAACAGAGGCCAACAAUCUGGCUCGCUAUCGCCAUCUACCAGCGACCAACUGGCCCGUUGGUUCUCCCCCGAUCUGCUAGAGCGCGCUCGCGGCGGCGAACUACCCAGCACAGCCAACUUGGCCAGACACGCCCUCAGUUUGGAGGAGAUCGAACGUCAGGCGGCACCACCCGUUCACAAUUGAGGCGAGCAGGUAGCAUUCGAUCUUAACAGCAUCAAAAAGACAAAUCUAAGUCACUAAAACAAUGGAAAUAUUUUCUGUGGAGUUUCUUGUCAAUUUUCAUUCGGGAAAAUAAACUAAAAAAGGGAGUUUAACGAAAAAGUGACAAUUUUCGACUAAACCAUAUAAAAAAAUAAAUUCAACCGUGUACAUAUAUGUAAUUUGUGAUAGAUUUGCUCUAAACUCGGUGGACUCCACACUUGUUGAUAAUUGAAUUGAUUCAAAAUCGAGUCUAUAUAAAUAUAAAAUUAAAAGAAACAUUAUAAAAAAGAAAUGGUUACAUUAGUUUGUAGAGUUAAUCAUAUAUAAACGAGAGUAUACAGGGCGUAUAAAAAAACCUCAAAUAGCUGUAAUAUUGAACAGUGUCGUAUAUCGCCCUGUAUAUGCAUGAAUACUGUCCUUGUCGAAUAAAAUAGUGUCCGUCAUUCAUUUUAAUGUUGGGAUUUCUACGAAAGUUUUUGUUUUUGAGUUUUAUCUGAAGCAUUCUGAGCUGAAAGUAAGGAACGAUUCCGUUUUGGUUUCCGGUUUGAUGUCACGUUAGGGUUUUUUGUUUCGUUUAGGUGUCGUGUUCGUAAUGUAACCAUUUUAAAGGAUGAGAAUUGUUGGACUUUUAGAAUAGAACGAAGUUUUUCGCAUUUUGCAAAACCGGGAAAUAUGAAUCCAGAAUUUACCUUAAAUUAAGUACGUACCAAUAAGUAAAUUCAUACAAAAAAAAUCUACAUAUGUCUACUCUCAUUAUAAACUAAAUUUGCAUCUAUAUGUGUGUAAAAAAGUUUGCGACAAAUGGGAUUUUUUUUGAAUUAUCGAAAAAGUUUGAUCUCUAUGCCCAAAUAAUUAUUUUUUCAAUGUCCCUAUAUACUUUUCACUAUUGGCACAUACAGACGUAAAAUCGAAUUCUGAACAAUUGUUCUCUUUGACGUUUGUUGAUAUUUUGUCAUCUAACCUCAUUUUUUAUGUAUGUAAAGAGAAUUUUUGAAUUUGCCGUCAUGGCAGUUGUCACAUGACAUAUGUUAAAAUGAUAUUUUUGUUGGGCAUGGCAAAUUGAUUUGGCCUAAACGUGUUUCGAGACUUUUCCCCAUAGUUGCUUGUUUUUUUACACACACUGUUCAAAACUUGCAAGUUCUUAAUGUUUACAAUAAUUAUGGGGUUUUAAUAACUUAAAUAAUUAAUUAACAUGUUUUAAGUUUAUUAAAUGGUAUGUUGGAGAAUAUUGUGUAACAUUUUUAAACAUUUAUAAGACGUCAUAAUCAGAUAGUGUACAAAUGUUUUUUGUUAUAUCAACAGUAGACAAUUGAGUUUCCUAUAAACCAAAAACGCAACGUGUUCCAGAAAUAAGUGCUAUAGUAUAAGUGAUAUUUUAGGGGGUGGUAGAUUUGCCAUUUUUAAAAUAAAUUAAAAAUAACCCAGUUAUUAACUUUGCAAAUAAAAGAAAAUAAUGGCAACAUUUUGAGAACCGCUGGCGAUAAGCGGCUAUUAAGGUUUUUUCACCAGGUUUUUUAGCUUAUUUGACGCCUCAGGUGAAUAAACAAGUGGCACUCAAAAGUUUUUUAAAUUUCCUGGAAAAUUUUUAACAAUUUUUUUUUCGCAAAAAAAUCCUCUUAGGCGUGUUUCUGCUACCGAAAUAUACUACCAGUUAAAAUAUUUACAAUUAUUUCUGGGACACCCAGUAUAUUAACAGCUUAAUAUUCAAGAUUCGUUUUAAUUUUUGUGAUAGUCACAAGGUUUGAACAGUUAAUUAGUAAUUUUUAG